GACGCGGGACGGACACGGGGACACGGGACGGACACGGGAACACGGGACGGACACGGGCACAGCGGAGCCUCCUUAGCGAGCGGGGCUCCUUGCCGGCGCUCCCGUCAGUUCCAUGCUUGGAUCUCCUGACUGUCUUGGAUCUGUCUGUAAUAGCAGUUGCUGCUGUUGCCUUGCUUCACUUAUUACCCCAGAGAAAGAGAGAAGUCUCAAGGUUUAAGCAGAGCUACAAGCAGAUCUACAGCAAUGCAAGGACCUCCACCUGCCACAGCUCCUGGAGUGCCCUAUGGCUCCCCUCAGCAGGUCCCUGGGCCUUACCAAGGUGCAGGGAACUAUGGAUUCCAGGCACAGCCCAUGGCGUUCCCAGGAGGAUUCGUCCCCCCACCUGUCCAGAGCCAGCCCACCAUGGAUGGGACAAUCUGGAUGCCAAUCCCUCCUUCUAUUCCCAACUGCCCUCCUGGACUGGAGUACCUCACACAGAUUGACCAGAUAUUAAUUCAUCAGCAACUUGAAGUUCUUGAGAUUGUGACUGGCUUUGAAGAAAACAACAAAUAUGAGCUGAAGAACGCCCUGGGGCAGAGGAUUUACUUUGCAGCAGAGGACACUGACUGCAUGACCAGGAACUGCUGUGGGCCCGCCAGGCCCUUCACCAUGAAGAUUAUUGAUAACCUGGGCCGGGAGGUGAUAAGGCUGCACAGACCCCUCCGCUGUGACGCCUGCUGCUGCCCCUGCUGCCUGCAGGAGCUGGAAGUCCAGGCACCUCCAGGAACAACAGUUGGUUAUGUUGUCCAGAACUGGCACAUCUGCCUGCCAAAGUUUACCAUUCAAGAUGAGAAAAGAAAGGAUAUUCUGAAAAUUAAUGGCCCCUGUGUUGUGUGCCGGUGUUGUGAGGACGUUCAUUUUGAGGUGAUGUCUCUGGAUGAGACUUGUCCUGUUGGGAGGAUUUCUAAGCAGUGGACUGGUAUUGUGCGGGAAAUGUUUACAGACACAGAUAAUUUUGGAAUCUCAUUCCCAAUGGACCUCGAUGUGAAAAUGAAAGCUGUCAUGCUUGGUGCUUGCUUCCUGAUCGACUUCAUGUUUUUUGAGCGUAGUGGUAAUUAAGCAUCAGCAAGCAGGAGUUUGGUAAUGAAAUCUAGAUGUUCUCUAUGGAAGGAAGAAGAACAUGGAUCUCCCAGCUUCCCAAUGAAUUGCUGACCUCCAGUAAGAAUAUUAGAAAUGUACAUGUUACAGUUACAUUUCUGUAAGCUAAAAGCUUUAUGGUCUUAUCUAUUAUUUUUUUAAUGUGGUGAAAUAAUUUUUAGUAUUCAAAUAAGGGCUCUUUAUCUGCACAGAUCAAUAAUAUCAUUUAGAGAAAUAUAUAGCAACUUUUUUUUUUUCCCAAGAACUCUGAAAUCUUAAAGUAACUAAUUAUAGUAGUUGUUUAAAACUACUAUAAUAAUACUUUGAUUCCUAAAAGAGAGGACUACUUUUAUAUUCAAUAUUAAUAAUAACCUAAGCCUAAUAAGGAGACACUGAUAUUUUCCUGGGUAUUCUUUGGUAGUUUUGCCUUGGUGUUCACAUUCUGUAGUUUCUAUCUAUCAAAUAUAUACAUUCAGAACAAAGUAAUGCAUUUGAACAGAACUAUCUGAAGUGAGUGUAAAAUGUAAUUACUGUGGUGUCCUGGGUGUGUGUGAGCUGGAGCUCAUUGCCCCAGCAGCCCUCACAGGGCUGUGCUUUGCCCUGCUGAGGGCCCAGCAGUGUGUUGGUGCAGCUGAGCAGUGCUCUGUCUCUCCAGCAUUCCACCUUGUGAUGGUGUUUGAGGGUCCCCAGGAUGAGGAAGGAGAUGAGAAUCUUGAUUCCAUGUUUCAGAAGGCUGAUUUAUUGUUUUACAAUAUAUAUUAUAUUAAAAGAAAAUUAUAUAUUAAAACUACACUAAAGAAAGAGAAGAAAGGAGACAUCAGACAGCUAGAAAGGAAUGAAUAAUAAAAACCUGUGACUGACCAGAGUCUCAACACAGCUGGGCCUGUGAUUGGUCAUCAAGUAAAAACAAUUCACAUGCUGUGUAAGCAAUUCUCCAAAUCACAUUCCAAAGUAGCAAAACAUGGAGAAGCUGAAGCUUCCCAGCUUCUCAGGGGAAAAGAUCCUGGCAAAGGGGUUUUUCAUUAACUAUGUCAGUGACACCACCUGCCUUGAGUAGGCUGGGGGUGGGCAAGGUGCUGGCAGGGGACACAGCCAGGGCAGCUGGCACAAAUGGGCCAAAGGGACAUUCCACACCUGUGACAUCAGCUCGGGUAUCAAAGAUAAGAAAAGGAGGAAGAAGGUGUUGCGUUCAGUUUUACAGUGUUUGCCUUUCCAGCAAUCACUUCCAUGCUGAAGCCCUGCUUCCCAGGAAGUGGCUGGGCAUUCCAAUGGGAAGUACAGAAUAAAAUUUCUCUUUUUUUCUACUUUGUUUAUGCACACAUAAACUUUUCUUUUAGUAAACUGCUUUAUCUUUGCCUACAA